UCCGCUAGAAGGUGUUUGUGAAAUUCGCGAUUAUCCGACCGUCACAGCGGGAGAGAAGCUUCGUUGAAGUGAAUCAUUCGAUAGCGUGCUUAUAACCUCCCGGCUUUGUUAAAUUGUGUAGAUGUGAUAGAGAAAUCAAAUAUCAAACAAAGAACAUUAAAAUUGCAUUAUGCUUGAGAAUUCGUGGGUGACCGUUAAACAAGCGGCCGAUGAAAACAGACACGAACUAGUAUUGACAGGCGCGUCUGUGUCGAGAUUGAUCGAGAAAUCAGGCCUGGAUGAGAAUUUGUUUAAUCUAUAUAAUUUGAAUUAUUUGAGUAUAACACAGACAUGUCUGCGAGAAAUACCGGACGAGAUCGAAAAAUUGACAAAUCUCACGGUUUUAGUAUUGCAUUCGAACGAGAUCAACCUGUUAUCGAAUGCAAUCGGCAAAUUAUCUAAAUUGAAGAUACUCGAUUGUUCAAGGAAUAAAUUGACUUCUGUUCCGCAGUCAUUAGACACGCUUCCUCAAUUAAACGCGAUGAACUUUUCCUCGAAUCUUUUGCAAUCUAUACCAUCGCAAAAUGCAAAUACUAAAUUGAGUGUCUUGAAUUUGUCAAACAAUUGUUUUGAAACCUUUCCUGAUGUCUGUUACGCAGAACUUGUACAUUUGUCAGAGAUCUUUGUUAAUGGAAAUCAAAUAACAACAAUUCCAUCUUCUAUAAGCCAGCUUCAAGCAUUGAAAAUCUUAAAUGUCGCAGAUAAUUUAAUUUCUGUUGUACCAGGUGAAUUAGCAGAUUGCAGUAAAUUGAAAGAAGUGAAUCUGAAAGGAAAUAAAUUAGCAGAUAAGAGAUUAUUAAAAUUAGUUAAUCAAUGUCGCACAAAGCAAAUACUAGAUUAUAUAAAAUUGCACUGUCCAAAGAGUGAAUUGUCUACCACAGAGGCUAAUAAAUCAAGAAAAGGAAAAAAGAAUCAGAAAUGUUCUGAAAGUGAAAAUACAGUCGACACCUUAGCACAUAAGUUGAAAGUUUUGAGAAUGGUAGAUGGUACACCAGUAAUAAAAGUUACAAAGGAAGUACAAAAAAUCAGACCUUACAUAGCUGCUUGUAUUGUGAAGAAUUUAAGCUUUACAGAGGACAGUUUCAAAAAGUUUAUUCAGCUACAGACAAAAUUACAUGAUGGAGUAUGUGAGAAAAGAAAUGCAGCUACAAUAGCGACACAUGAUUUGAAACUAAUAGUACCUGGUGACUUGACGUAUACAGCAAAGCCACCCACAGAAGUGGAAAUUAAACCUUUAAUGCGUGAGAAGACUUAUACAGGUGCAGUUUUGUUUCAACAAUUGCAAACAGAAGCUGAGAAUCUACGUAAAGAAAAGAAACGAAAUGUAUAUUCUGGGAUACACAAAUAUUUAUAUCUGCUGGAAGGUAAAUCCGUAUUUCCAUGUCUAUUGGAUUAUUGUGAACAGGUUAUAUCACUUCCACCAAUAACAAACAGUGAUAUAACAAAAAUGUCUCCAUCUACUGAAACAAUGUUUGUGGAAGUAACAAGUGCAAUAUCAUAUACAGUUUGCAGGAAUGUAUUGGAUGAAUUUUUGAAAGAAUUAAUAAUGUCAGGUUUGACUGAUUCAUCGCAGCUGAAAGAUGGUGACAAGUUGUGCAACAACUUACUUGUUGAACAAGUAAAAAUAGUUGAUUUUGAAGGAAAUCUAAAAUUAAUAUAUCCUUCAAGAGCAGAUUUGAACUCUUUAGUUGAACAUUCUAUUUCUAUAUUACGAGACUAACGAGUAACUACGAAUAUUGUUGUAAGUAUCGAUAUAUGCCAUUCACACUAUAAGUUUAAAUUAUUUAUGAAAAUUUUGAAACAAUAUUUUCAUUAAAAAAGUAACUAAAAUUUUCUGUUUGAAGAAUUUUGUUGAGAUUAAAUAAACAAGAAAGUUUUGUUUGCGAAAAAAGAAAAAGGAUUUAUGAAAAGACAUGCAUUUAUUUUUAAUCACUUAUAUGUUCUAAUAUUCUAUAUAAAAAUUUUAUCAGUUUUAAGUAAUAAAUUUCAAGUUUAUUUU